AAAAAAUCAGGAACAACAAUAGUUCCAAAGUCCACCUGCGCACCUGUAUAAGGCAUUUGCGAUACGGUGCGCGGUUCAGGUGAGACGUAAUUCCAAAGUGGCUCAGUCCAAGCAGAGAAGGGGAAUGUGAGUGAGCACUUCACUUUGGUCUUCAAUGGUCAGACGUGAGUCUUGGCUUCUGGGAGACUGGCUUCCUUAAAGGAUAUCGCUCCUCUCAUCUGCCCACCAUGUGGUCUUCAGGAGACACCAUUCUGGUCCUCUGCUGUGUCGGUUGUUCGAUUGCACAAGUGCUCCAGUUUGGAAACCCAUACUUUGAGUCCAGAAACUUCCGCAACGUCCUUCGCUGGAACCUGGCAAACAGUACCGAUCAUCCCGUUCUCUACAGCGUUCAGUACAAUAUCUAUGGUACUGAGUGGAAGGAGAAGCGGGAAUGUCAGAACAUUACGGCGCUGUCAUGUGACCUGACGGCCGAGACGUCCGACAUCACGGAGCUGUACCACGGGAGAGUCACGGUCAAUGGGGGCAAGCCGGUGCUCUCCCCCCGUUUUUGUCCAAUAAGAGACACCGUCCUGGGGAGUCCCGAGGUGUCUGUGUCCCCCGAGAUGGAAUCAGUGACCUUGACCUUGAAGGUUCCAGUAGGUCCCGAAAACAGAGCCUCACCAAAGGAGCUGCAAAGGGACCGAGUCAAAGUCAUAAUCUCUUGCACUGUCAUGUUGACCCCGGCCGAACAGAUGCCGUGUCACGAAAUCUUAGACCCGCAGAAACAUCUCCACACCAAUACUUCGGAUGGCAGCGAAGUGACAAUCCACGGCCUGAAAGCCAACACGGAAUACUGUGGACUGGCCACCUACACCAUGGAAUACGACAAAAAAAAACGGUCCAGCCACUCUGCCGUCUUCAACGUGAAAACCCACACAGGGCCAAUGCCUUUAAAACCCCUGGUUGUCACAUCUGCCGUGGUAGGGUUCCUGCUGAUCAUGGCCUUGCUCACCACUACCGUCUGGCUGUACAUCAGCAGAAAAAGACGGAUCCCCUAUUCUCUGACGCUGACGAGAAGCAAGCUUCAGCAGUCGUGCCAGCACUAUUCCAAGGAGAACGUUUAUAUCAGCAGGCUUGAGUUCCGCACCAUCACGCCACACAUCUCCAUCGAGCCCCAUGGCCUGCAGGAGAAGGGAUUAGUGAGCCGGGAGGAGCCUCACCCCCUGCAAGACUGCAAUAAUGCAGUUCUUCCUUGCCAUUCCUAUGCCAACCAGCAGGGACUGCUGCAAAGCAACACGGACAGUGCCCAGUCCUUCACGCACUAUAGCCUCGUAGCGGGGGUACAGUAUGACAAUGAUAAAAUCGAGUGGUUCCAACAGCCUGCCCCCGAAACAGAGGCAGGAGGGGGCCACUUGCAGAUUACUGCAACGUCCACCAGCUCCGCCCAUUUCAACUCUGUUGGGAGACCACUGAUGCUGGAGUCCGAGCCGGGUCCGCUGGUGCUGCUCACCAAAAAGGGCCCUAACGGGCUGCUUCAGCUUCCCGAGCUGUUUGCCCUCUUGACGCCGGAGAUACCUCUAGGAGACCUGGGCUCAGCCUCAGGCCCCUGUAGGGAGGGGGCCCCCAUGCUGUCCUGCUUGAUCACACAGGAGGAUGAGGAAAGGCAGGACUCCAUGCCGACAGAGGACCAUGUCGUAAGGACGUACCUGCCCUCCCAGACUAAUCCCAUGUUCUGUAGGUCACCCCUCAGCCCCCCUAGUCCUCACCAAACCCUGGACACCAUGUCAAACUCCCCAGCUUUGAUCCUGCCUCCGACUACUGCAAAUUGGCCCUCCAGCUACAUGCAGAACUGGAUCCCAGGUGCACCCCCCCCAGCCACAGCCUCAGGGGAAACCCCGCACUGGGGGGCAGUGGACUCUCAGCCUCAGCCCGAGGAAGGGGAGGUCGGGACCUUCCUCGAAAAGUGGGAGGUGAAAAUUGAGGGCUGACCUUUCCGUCCAGGAGUUGCUCUACCACAUUCCUAGCGGAUAAAACGGUCCGUGGUCCCGGUCCCCGUACGCCAAAUUCAGGACAAGACGGCAGGGCCGAUGACGAUGCAGACACUGCCAUUCCCGUGAGGCUUUUCUGCAACCCUCGCCUCCGCUACUCGCCAAGGCCGCAGUCUGUGAAAUGCAUGCCACGCAUAUGACUGCACACAAGCAUCCAGCACGCUGGGCAGCAGAGGGGACACGCUGCGUUCCAGGCCAGGCUUGUGCAUUUUAAACCGUGCAGCAAGGCUUUGCAUUGCUUGCUGGUGGCAGAAAUGAUCCUUAUUGCGUUAUGUGUUUCCAUCUGGUUUGUGUGUUUGUGUUUUUUGCUACCUGUGCCCCCGUGUGAGUAACUCUACGUUCGAGCCUCACACAGCACCAGAUGAGAUAAGAGACUCUUGUUUCUGGUGACCACGUUGCAAUAAAGAUCUCUGGCAAACCGGA